GUAGUAGAAUCAAGAGUUUGAUCAGCGAUUCUUUGAGUAAUUAUCAAGAAUGGCACCGAAGUAUAAAAUUAUUUACUUUAAUGUGAAAGCUCUAGGCGAGCCCAUCCGCUACAUUCUUUCUCAUGCGGGAGAGGAAUUUCAAGAUGUCCGCGUUGAGGUUGAAAAGUGGCCGUCGCAAAAAGAUGAUACACCUUUUGGGAAAAUGCCCAUUCUAGAAGUCGAUGGCAAGAGAACGCACCAGUCAGCAUCGAUUUGUCGUUAUCUUGGGCAGGAGUUAGGAUUGGGAGGAGAAACUAGCUGGGAAAAUCAAGAAAUCGAUUGUACUGUGGACACGGUUGUGGAUUUGCGAAUAGCUAUUGUAAAUGCUACUUAUGGAGAUGAAUUUACGGAGAAAAUGGAAGAAAGGAAAGCAAAACUUGUUAAAGAAACUGUUCCAUUCUACCUUUCACGACUAAAUGAGCAAGUGAAAAAUAAUGGAGGGUAUUUUGUGAAUAACAAGGUUAAAGUUGAGAGCGACAGGGAUUCACGGCAACAAUAA